AUGAUGAUCGUCUCAACGACGGGUUACAUCAAAUCAGUCCUCGGACCGUUUCUAUCUGACUCGUCUAACAAUGAUGCUAAUAUCUUAAAACAUGUGUUUUUAAGUGAUAUGGAAGAUGUUUUGCAAUGGGUUCAAGAAAAUGAUGUGUUAGUUGUGGACCGUGGCUUCUGUAAUUGUUUAGGUGUGAUGAAAAGGUUUGGGAUAGAUGUGGCUAUGCCGCCAUUUUUGGAUGGAAAAAAGCAAUUUGAUGUAGGUGAUGCAAACCGCUCAAGAUUAAUAACUAAAGUUAGAUGGAUACAGGAAAGUGUGAAUCAUUCACACUUUCCACUAUCUUGAACAGAUAAAAUACGUGUUCUUACUCAGCUCGACGAGCUCUAUCUAACCUCGUAUAAAUAUCGCAAAAGUAAAUUGCGCUCGAAUUUUAAAUUUCCGGCACCUAACUAAAAUCCAGUCAAAUAUAUCUUUUACAUAACGCCAAAAAUUGUUUAAAGUUUUAUCAAAUGAAUCAUCCAAGAGAGAAACUAAAAUUUAUUUUGAAAAAUAAACAGUUUAAAUAACACUUUUAGUGUAAAAAAACAAAUUUAAAUAGACUCCCUCCAACAGAAAAGCGUUAUUUGUGUACAACGAUGUACAGUUACACAAAUACGGCUUUUUUCUUAUGGAAAAUGCAGUUAAACUUAUUUAUUACAAAUAUGUAUUUAAAUACACUUUUCCCCUUCGAGAAUGAAAAAAAUUAAUUUUUCAUACAGCUACCAUUCCUUGAGUUAAAUUUUGAUCGAAUAAUCGAAAGAGAGAAAAGCGUCUGAAAUUAUUUCAGCCGAGUUUAGUGUGGCUCUCCAUUUUUCGGAUCAAAUAUUUGAUUUUAAACUAGAUCACACAUGCGGCUAUCUGAAAUCAAUUAUCUUCCACGGGAUCUCUUAAUUUAAGCUAUUUCCAUAAUACAUCACUUAUUAUUUGUAUCCAUACUCCAUGUUUACUACAAUCAAUUGUCUAUGAAUACAUCAAUGUUUACGAAAUCGCUUCACUUUUUCAUUAUUCCUAUUCAAACAUACGGGUCAAUGAACGUACAAUCUAGAUUUUUAGAAAUGCGAAACCCUUAAAAUAAACAUGAAAUUUUUAUAACGACAGUUCUUACCUGUAUCUAGAAAUUUGUUGAUGGUGAUAUAAUUGUAAUUAAGGAAAACUUGUAUCAAUCAAGCAAAUAUUUUAGCUAACUAUAAAACUUUUAUCUACAACGCAGUAUGACGUGUCGUUUAUAUAAUGUCAAUUUCAAUGAUAUAGACAAAAAAGUUUUUAUAUUGGGUUUUUUCUCAUGUUAUCAAUCUGUAAACACAAGAUAAAACGCAAAACUAAUGUGUCAUAAUUUAUAUUCAAAACAUAGAGAUGACUAUAAAGCUUUUUCGAAAAGUUGAAAGAAUGUCUUUCUAAGUGCAACUGAAAUUCAUAACACCCAACUGUCAUCCAUCGAUCAUAUUCUUCGUUUUAUUCAAUCUACAUAUUUAUGUGUACAAACAAGAAGAAAAUACAGCAUAGCUUUGAAUAGAUAUUCUGCUUUUUUCUUAUUCUCUCUCAUGAAUGUUAGAUCAAUUAACACUUUGUUUUGGAAUCGGAUUCCAGCAAUAAUUUUAGAUUUACUGUUGCAAGAUCCUUCGUCAACAAUAAGUUGCUGCCUAGAACUGAACCGCCGGAUAGAUAGGAAUAUGAUACCCAUCUUCAAUUGAUUUUGCAUAAAAAUUUAAUUUUUUUCAUUCUCGAAGGGGAAAAGUGUAUUUAAAUACAUAUUUGUAAUAAAUAAGUUUAACUGCAUUUUCCAUAAGAAAAAAGCGAAGCGAAUGAAAAAGUGAAGCGAUUUCGUAAACAUUGAUGUAUUCAUAGACAAUUGAUUGUAGUAAACAUGGAGUAUGGA